UGUGUGUGUGUGUGUGUGUGUGUUUAGUUAGCUGGCACGCAACACACUUCCCCAGGGUUGUUUCCUUUUUCCUGAGAUUUGGCGAAGGGUAAAGGGUCGGAGUCACAUGGAUACAAAGCAUUUGAUUAAUGUCCAAGUCACCGCUGUGGCUGCCGGAGCCGCCUCCCCUCCAGCCCGGGCCGCGUGAGGCCGGAGCCGUGGGGCCGGGCGCGCAGGUCCCGGACCGGCGCCCCCUCUCCCGGGAGUUGUCUCCUCAAAGCCUCGCGCCUCCCGCGCCGGAGUUCCGGCGGGCGCCCUCCCCUCUCCUACCACCCCAGACUCUCCCCAGCAUGUAAAGUCGCCCGUACCUCCUCGGACUUCUCGGAGGCGCAGCAACUUUUCCUUUCUGGCCGCGCGGCGCCGGACACCAGCCGGCGCGCGGGGCAGCGCGCAGCGCAGCAGCCCCGCAGCCCCCGCGUCCCGCCGCCCACCAUGAGCGACGAGAGCCGCGGGGACGGCCGCGCGGAGAGCGCCAAGGACCUGGAGAAACAGCUUCGCCUGCGCGUGUGCGUGCUCAGCGAGCUGCAGAAGACCGAGCGGGACUAUGUGGGCACGCUGGAGUUCCUGGUGUCGGCGUUCUUACACCGGAUGAACCAGUGCGCUGCAUCAAAAAUUGACAAAAAUGUAACAGAAGAAACAGUGAAGAUGCUGUUCUCAAACAUUGAAGAUAUCCUUGCCGUACAUAAGGAAUUUUUAAAAGUUGUGGAAGAAUGCCUACAUCCAGAACCUAAUGCUCAGCAAGAAGUGGGAACCUGCUUUCUUCACUUUAAAGACAAGUUUCGUAUCUAUGAUGAAUACUGUAGUAACCAUGAGAAGGCCCAAAAAUUGCUUCUUGAACUUAACAAAAUAAGAACAAUCCGCACAUUUCUUUUGAACUGUAUGCUACUCGGAGGACGGAAGAACACAGAUGUUCCCCUGGAAGGAUAUUUAGUAACACCGAUACAAAGAAUUUGCAAGUAUCCUCUCCUUUUGAAGGAGUUGCUGAAGCGGACUCCAAGGAAACACAGUGACUACGCAGCAGUAAUGGAAGCCCUCCAAGCCAUGAAAGCCGUCUGUUCCAACAUAAACGAGGCCAAGAGGCAGAUGGAGAAGUUAGAAGUUUUGGAGGAGUGGCAGUCUCACAUUGAAGGCUGGGAGGGAUCCAACAUUACCGAUACCUGCACUGAAAUGCUAAUGUGUGGAGUCUUACUGAAAAUCUCUUCUGGAAAUAUUCAAGAACGGGUGUUUUUUCUUUUCGAUAAUCUUUUGGUGUAUUGCAAAAGAAAACACAGACGGUUGAAGAAUAGCAAGGCAUCUACAGAUGGACAUCGGUACCUUUUUCGUGGCCGAAUCAAUACAGAGGUGAUGGAAGUGGAGAAUGUGGACGAUGGCACAGCUGAUUUCCAUAGUAGUGGACACAUUGUUAUCAAUGGAUGGAAAAUACAUAACACAGCAAAAAAUAAAUGGUUCGUGUGCAUGGCAAAAACACCUGAAGAGAAGCACGAAUGGUUUGAAGCUAUUUUGAAAGAAAGAGAACGGAGAAAAGGUUUAAAAUUAGGAAUGGAGCAAGACACCUGGGUAAUGAUCUCCGAACAGGGUGAGAAACUUUAUAAGAUGAUGUGCAAACAAGGAAAUCUGAUCAAAGACAGGAAAAGAAAACUGACCACGUUCCCUAAAUGCUUCCUUGGAAGUGAAUUUGUGUCAUGGCUGUUGGAAAUUGGAGAGAUUCACAGGCCUGAGGAAGGGGUUCACUUAGGACAAGCAUUGUUAGAAAAUGGAAUCAUCCACCAUGUUACUGAUAAGCAUCAAUUCAAGCCAGAACAGAUGUUAUAUAGAUUUCGCUAUGAUGAUGGAACAUUUUAUCCAAGAAAUGAGAUGCAGGAUGUGAUUUCAAAGGGAGUGAGAUUAUAUUGCCGUCUCCAUAGUCUGUUUACUCCAGUGAUAAGAGAUAAAGACUACCAUUUAAGAACCUACAAAUCUGUAGUCAUGGCCAACAAACUGAUAGACUGGUUAAUUGCACAGGGGGAUUGCCGUACCAGAGAAGAGGCAAUGAUAUUUGGCGUCGGACUCUGUGACAAUGGAUUUAUGCACCAUGUCCUUGAGAAAAGUGAAUUCAAAGAUGAACCCCUACUUUUUCGUUUUUUUGCGGAUGAGGAAAUGGAAGGAUCAAAUAUGAAGCACCGGCUUAUGAAACAUGAUUUAAAAGUAGUGGAAAAUGUUAUAGCCAAAUCAUUAUUGAUUAAAUCCAAUGAAGGCAGCUAUGGUUUUGGGUUAGAAGACAAAAAUAAAGUUCCAAUAAUAAAGUUGGUAGAAAAGGGGUCUAAUGCUGAGAUGGCUGGCAUGGAAGUUGGGAAAAAGAUUUUUGCUAUUAAUGGUGACCUAGUUUUUAUGAGACCUUUCAAUGAAGUGGACUGCUUCCUGAAAUCAUGCUUAAACAGCAGAAAGCCACUAAGAGUUCUUGUGAGCACAAAGCCAAGGGAGACAGUGAAGAUCCCAGAUUCAGCUGAGGGACUUGGAUUCCAGAUCCGAGGAUAUGGCCCAUCGGUUGUACAUGCAGUCGGAAGAGGGACUGUGGCUGCAGCCGCUGGUCUUCACCCUGGACAGUGUAUUAUCAAAGUAAAUGGUAUCAAUGUCAGCAAGGAGACACAUGCCAGUGUCAUUGCACAUGUCACAGCCUGCAGGAAAUACAGGAGACCAGUGAAGCAAGACUCCAUACAAUGGGUUUAUAAUAGCAUUGAGAGUGCUCAAGAAGACCUUCAAAAGGCUAACUCUAAACCCCCAGGAGAUGAAGUAGGGGAUGCAUUUGACUGCAAAGUAGAAGAGGUGAUUGACAAGUUUAACACCAUGGCCAUCAUCGACGGGAAGAAGGAGCACGUGAGCCUGACUGUGGAUAACGUCCACCUGGAAUAUGGUGUUGUGUAUGAGUAUGACAGCACAGCCGGGAUAAAGUGCAAUGUGGUGGAGAAGAUGAUUGAGCCCAAAGGUUUCUUCAGCCUCACCGCCAAGAUUCUUGAAGCCCUGGCUAAAAGUGAUGAUCAUUUUGUGCAAAACUGCACCAGCCUUAACUCUUUAAAUGAAGUGAUUCCUACUGACCUUCAUAAUAAAUUCAGUGCCUUUUGCAGUGAAAAAAUUGAGCACAUAUGUCAGAGAAUAUCCAGUUAUAAAAAGUUUUCACGGGUACUGAAGAAUAGAGCCUGGCCCACCUUUAAACAGGCCAAAUCUAAAAUUUCCCCAUUACACAGCAGUGAUUUCUGCCCUACCAACUGCCAUGUCAACAUAAUGGAAGUUUCCUAUCCCAAAACAUCAACCUCUCUGGGGAGUGCAUUUGGUGUUCAGCUGGAUAGUAGGAAGCAUAAUUCUCUUGAUAAAGAAAAUAAAUCUGAGCAAGGGAAACUGAGCCCUAUGGUGUACAUUCAACACACAAUCACAACAAUGGCAGCCCCUUCAGGUCUGUCUCUGGGACAGCAGGAUGGACAUGGGCUCCGAUAUUUGUUAAAAGAGGAAGACCUAGAAACUCAAGAUAUUUAUCAGAAACUGUUGGGCAAACUUCAGACUGCACUGAAAGAGGUGGAGAUGUGUGUUUGUCAAAUUGAUGACCUUCUGUCUUCCAUAACAUAUUCUCCUAAAUUAGAACGUAAGACAUCAGAGUGCACAGGACCAACAGACAGUGACAACGAGAAGGGAGAAAGAAAUAGCAAACGAGUCUGUUUUAAUAUGGCGGGAGAUGAGCAGGAAGAUUCAGGUCAUGACACCAUCAGCAACAGAGACUCUUACAGCGACUGCAACAGCAACAGGAACUCUAUCGCGUCCUUCACCAGCAUUUGCAGCAGCCAGUGCAGCUCGUACCUCCACAGCGACGAGAUGGACUCAGGUGAUGAGCUUCCCCUCAGUGUUCGCAUUUCUCACGAUAAACAGGACAAGAUACAUAGUUGUCUCGAGCAUCUUUUCAGCCAGGUGGAUUCGAUUACCAAUCUCCUAAAAGGGCAAGCUGUUGUAAGGGCCUUUGAGCAAACCAAGUACCUCACACCAGGGCAAGGACUACAAGAAUUUCAGCAGGAAAUGGAACCAAAGCUGAGUUGUCCAAAAAGGUUAAGGCUUCACAUCAAGCAAGACCCUUGGAAUCUUCCCAGCAGUGUCCGGAAUCUUGCUCAGAACAUCAGAAAAUUUGUUGAAGAGGUGAAGUGUAGGAUACUCCUGGCUCUUCUUGAAUAUUCAGACAGUGAGACACAGCUCCGAAGAGACAUGGUUUUCUGCCAGAGUCUUGUGGCCACAGUCUGUGCCUUCUCUGAGCAGCUUAUGGCAGCCUUAAACCAGAUGUUUGACAGCAGCAAAGACAAUGAGAUGGACACCGGGGAGGCCAGCAGAAGGUGGCUGGACCAGAUAGCGAAUGCAGGUGUUCUUUUUCACUUUCAGUCGCUCCUGUCACCAAACUUGACAGAUGAACAAGCCAUGUUAGAAGAUACACUGGUUGCACUAUUUGAUUUGGAAAAAGUUUCUUUUUACUUUAAACCAUCAGAAGAGGAACCACUGGUUGCAAAUGUUCCUCUUACAUAUCAAGCGGAAGGAAGUCGGCAGGCUCUGAAAGUUUACUUCUACAUUGAUAGUUAUCAUUUUGAACAGCUGCCUCAACGUUUGAAAAAUGGAGGAGGGUUUAAAAUUCAUCCUGUUCUUUUUGCACAAGCACUGGAGAGCAUGGAAGGGUAUUAUUAUAGAGACAAUGUUUCGGUGGAAGAAUUUCAAGCCCAGAUAAAUGCAGCCUCAUUGGAAAAAGUCAAACAAUAUAACCAGAAACUCAGGGCGUUCUACUUGGACAAGUCAAAUUCACCACCUAACUCCACAUCCAAAGCUGCCUAUGUAGAUAAGCUAAUGAGGCCUCUCAAUGCUUUGGAUGAACUUUAUCGACUGGUAGCCUCGUUUAUCAGAUCCAAGCGCACGGCCGCCUGUGCAAACACAGCUUGCAGCGCCUCCGGGGUUGGUCUGCUGUCUGUGUCCUCGGAGCUGUGCAACAGGCUGGGGGCCUGCCACAUCAUCAUGUGCAACAGUGGCGUGCACAGGUGCACCCUGAGCGUGACACUGGAGCAGGCCAUCAUUCUGGCCAGAAGCCAUGGACUGCCUCCUCGCUACAUCAUGCAGGCUACAGAUGUGAUGCGGAAGCAGGGAGCAAGAGUUCAGAACACAGCAAAGAAUUUGGGAAUCAGAGACAGAACCCCACAGUCUGCUCCAAGGCUAUACAAGCUGUGCGAGCCGCCUCCCCCUGUUGGAGAAGAAUGAGGAGAAUCCCCAAGGAACCAGGCAAGCAGAAGCUUCUGAACACUAGACAAAAGACAUGCUGGCUAAACAUUCUUCAUUCAAUAUAAAUAAAUGAAAUUUUUUUCUCUAGCUCCUUCCCCAUGGAGUAAAUAACCAAUGUUCUUCUUGUACGUGGAUACUUGUGCCAGAAAUGGAUGAGAGAUCACUCAGACCACCUGUAGCUUCACAAACUAAUCUGUCUAUGUAUUGACACUAUUCAUUUUUAGGGUAAAUUUUGUCCUUGGAAUUUAUGAAAAAAAAAAAACAACAGGUAAACAAUGAACCAUUGUGCCUCCUCUCCCAUUAGUUAGAAUUAUUUCAUUGUGUUUGUUUUCAUCUUCUCUGAAUGGAAUCAUGUGAUAAUGGAUAAUUCCACUUGAAGAAGUCUUUCACUGAAGAAAGAUGGACACACUUUUCAAAUCAUCAUACAGAAAUGUUACAGACCACAUAGACUGGGUGUUAUUGUAGGCAUUCGGUCCCCUACCUGCAUCAGAGAAAGUAUGAUUUGUGAAUGGUGAAGAGCAUGCUUGACUCUUUUUCCUACGGGUUUAUUUCUCAGUAACAGAGAAGAGAGCUGAAUGGGGCUUCUACCAAGACUUUCUUCCCACUGCUUGUGGUGGGAAGCACUGCUUUGUGCUCGUGGACAGUUCCAGCAAGUGGGUGCUGUCAUUGGUCUCUGAAAUGGCAUGGCUUCCUAGGGCCACGUGUACUGGUGCUGUGCCACAGGUGGCCAGGGGGUGGAGAGGGGUGGAGUGGGGUGGAGAUCAGGGAGGUACGGGAGGGGAGAGUGGGGUAAAGGAGGAAAUUUAAGUCCAUUUAAAAAGUCAAAUUUUAACUUAGAAAGAUACCUAAAAUUCUUACUUUUAUUAAGACUUCCAUAUGAGAUGUGAGACUCUGAAGAGAAUACACCGUGCUGAGUAUUUUUCUAUCAAGGUAUGUGUACAACAGUGAAAAUAAAGCAUUAUUUGUUGAACUGUACAAGGACUAUUAGAGACCUUGAUAAUGUAUGGAAGCACAAGGUGUAUUCUAUUUUCAUUCCAAAAUACACGUCAUUUUUAUCAUUUCUAUGUUGAUUAAAUAAUAUUGUUUUUUAGUGUAAUGAAUACAGUAAUAUUGAUUUUGAAUCUAUAAUUUUCAAAACAGUUAAAACACCCUUCCUGUGAUUGUGAUGAGUAUAUGGAUUUGGACUAAUUUAGUAUGUGAAAUGCUUUUCAUAACUAAGGUAUAUACAGAUGAUUAUUACAUUUUAAUUUAUGACAUUUGAUAAUGAUUUUCAGAUGAUCAUUAAAAAUCUUCACUGCCAUCAAUUGUGUAUUGAAUAACAAAAAUUCUGUGUUAUACAUAUACCAGUUAUUCAUACACUGGUCAAGCUGAUAAAAAUUGUUCUUUGGCACAGAAGCACUUAAAAUUUUUGCAAUAAGUCCUUAUAUAUAAUAAGAGAUAAACUCAAAGUUUUCAAAGGAAACAUUGAACACUUUGAAUUUAAUGAAGAUAUUACCUUAACACAAAUACCUAUAUUAAGUAUAUCUUAACUUUCAGGGAUUUAACAUUCUUGAUAUUAUUAUCAACUGAUCCUGAAGGUCCAUGACAUUAGUAUUUUGCGAUUUUCCUGUACUGAAAAACUGAUUACUUUCAUUGUGACUAGUGAGUGAGCAAAACUGAUCAACUAUCAAGUAUUUUUCAUAUUGUCUUUACUGUUUUCUAGUCACCAUCCUAGAAGCCUUAUUUCUCAUUAGAAGGAUAAAGGGGUCACUUCAACACUUCAGUCAUACUUUGCUAUGUUUCAUGGAGGAAAUUAUCUGCAAUUAUAGUAUGUAUAAAAUAGCAUAUUUUUAAGGGUCUAUUCUCUAUAUAGUAGGAUGUGCUUAAUAUUUUAAGGCUUAAAUGUAGUGUAAGUGUACCAACCUUCAGAGUGCUUGGUACUUCUUGAAUGCUCCAAAGUUAGUAAUGAUUUCUAUUCUCAUCAGUCCCUGUCAUUUUUUAUUACAAUAAAAAUUGUAGCUAACAUUUAAGUA